UCUCCUUGCCGACCAGCGGCGGCGACGGCGACGGCGACGGUGACGGCAACAGGGUGACAGCGGUGCCGCGCGUUGCGGCCUCCGACGUGGUCUUGCUCUUGCCUCUUUUCUGCAAUUGAUCGAGUGGGAAGUCGAGCUUAUCGGGGGCAUAAGCCCUCGCCGCGUCCAGGUUUGGAGCAGGUAACUAUCCGCAUCCGAGUUGGCGAAGCAUCGACACUGAGACACGACAGCCAUGGCCGACUACCAGCGCGACCGGAUGCCGCCGCCGAGGCUGCAGCCGCAGCAUCCGGGCUACGGGCCAUCCAACACCUAUCAGCGAGAUGCAGCUUUUUCGAACAUCUUCGGUGCCGCCCCUCCUCCCGGCCGCUCGCAGACCAUGACCUCGUCCGUCGCGCCGCCCCAGUUCAUGCAAGAUGGGCGCACACAUACCAUGUCGUCGACCACGUCGGGCAUGUCGGAAACGCACCGAUCGCCACCCAUGCGACCGCCGCCAGGAGGCGAUUAUCGAGACCAGUUCGCUCCUCCCCGGCCACGGCCCAACGAUGGCGGCCCAGGAUAUGGACACUAUCAGGGCCAGCCGCGCUCGGUCUCGGGCGGCCAGCAAGUCCCAUCCCCACAGUAUUUGCAACAGCAGCAGCAGGCUCGACGCCCGUAUCCCGGCAGCCCGCCAUCGCAGCACCCGGGGCCCCCGCGGUUUGAGCCCCAACGAGGACCCCCGCCUCCUCAGGGCUACUACAACAACGCGCCGCGGACUCCUGCGCAGCGCUUCCAUCCGGAUGGGCGGCCACCGGCUGCCAUGAAUGCCGACCCGUACCGGUCGCAGUCGUUGGCAAACUAUCCGAGACCCCAAAUGUACCAGCCCCCACCACAGCCGUACCAGCAGCAGCAGGCCCCGGCCAAUGCCUUCCGGCAUGCUCAGUACAACCAGCACUCGGCUCGCACUACCGCGCAGGGCCGCAUCGUUCCAGAGAGGCACAUGGAGGACAGGUCAAUGUCCAUGACUGGCUAUCCGUCCCACGACCGGCACGACAGAGAUGCGCACCAAAUGAUGAGCGGCCGCGUCAUUCCCAACAGAAAACCAGUAGGCGCCCCCCCGCCAGCCCAUGAUUACAUGGGCAGCCAUGCGCCGCCAAACCUGGGGCACCCGGCCGGAUAUGGACCGCCCGGAUCGCAGACAAGAACCACAAGCAUGGCCUCGUCGAUCGGCCACGAUAGCACCAGAUCCAUGUCGAUGGCGUCUACGAUAGUACCGCCCUCGAUGGCGCCGAGCGAGAAGACGGACACCCAGACUGUCGUGCAGCGGACAUCCAUGACCAACUCGGUCAACGGCGAACGCCCGCCCACCGCCAAGAUCAGGCCGCCCAUCGUCUAUCCGGCCCUCCUCUCCCGCGUCGCCGAGUGUUUCCGCCAGAAGAUCGUCACAGGCGACCGGACAAAGAACGAGCUCACGUACAAGAACGCAUUCAGUGGUGCCGAGGCCGUGGAUGUCCUGUCCUACAUCAUCAGGACGACAGAUAGGAAUUUGGCUUUGCUUUUGGGGCGGGCCCUCGACGCUCAAAAGUUCUUUCACGAUGUCACGUACGAGCACCGGUUGCGCGACUCCACCUACGAGAUGUACCAGUUCCGCGAGACCAUGACGGAGGAGGCCGAGGAGAAACCGGCGGUGAACGGUGUCUUUGUUCUGCUGACGGAGUGCUACUCCCCGACCUGCACAAGGGAUCAGCUGUGCUACUCCAUCGCUUGUCCGCGACGCCUGGAACAAGUAUCCAGGCUGAAUCUCAAGAUGGGCCCGGGCCUCAAGCGAGAGGGCGAGGCGAACAUGAACGACGACGACGCCGACCAGACCGACGAGCAGAAGCUGUGGAUCAACAGCGUGCCCAAGGAGAUUGCCGACAGCAUCGGCGACCGGGAGAAGAAGCGGCAGGAGGUCAUCUCGGAGAUUUGCUACACCGAACGAGACUUUGUCAAGGACCUCGAGUACCUCCGGGACUUCUGGAUCUACCCGCUCAGAGGCAAGAUCAAUGGCAUGUCGCCGAUUCCGGCGAAUAGGAGGGAACGUGUCGUCAAGACCAUCUUCUCGAAUAUCAUCGACUCCCCGAGCAUCCACGGUGUGAGCUCCAGAUUUGCCCGGGCCCUGACCGAGCGGCAGCAGAAGAUGCCCGUGGUGAAGAACAUUGGCGACGUCUUCUUAGAGUUUGUGCCGCAGUUCGAACCGUUCAUCCUGUACGGAUCCAAGCAGCUCGAGGGCAAGUUUGAGUUUGAGAAUGAGCGGUCUAUCAACAAAGAUUUUGCCCGAUUCGUGGACGAAGUCGAGCGGCGGAGGGAAUCGAGGAAGCUAGAGCUGAACGGCUACCUGACCAAGCCGACGACGAGAUUGGCCAGGUACCCGCUUCUUCUGGAGAACGUGCUCAAGUACACGGAGCCCGACAACCCGGACAAGGAGGACCUCCCGAAGGUCCUGACCAUGAUCCGAGAUCUCCUGACCAGAGUCAACGAGGAGACGGGCAAGGCAGAGAACCGCUUCAAUCUGCGGCGCCUGCACGAGCAGCUUAGAUUCCGGCCCAACGAGAGAGUCGACCUGAAGCUCACGGAGGAGGGCCGUGAGCUGGUGGUUAAGAGCCAGUUCAAGAAGUCACCGACCGAGAACGCGGACAUCACGGCUUAUCUGUUUGAUCACGCCGUGCUUCUCGUGCGCAUCAAACAGGUGGGCAAGACGGAGGAAUACAAGGCUUACCGGAGGCCUAUUCCGCUAGAACUGCUCUCCAUCAAGGAGAUGGAGGAAGUGAUACCCCAGGCCGGCGCCGUCAAGCGAUCCUCGUCAGGCAUCCUUCCGGCCCUGCGCAACAACGGAAACGAAGCCAAGAAGGGCGAGGGCUGGCCCGUCACGUUCCGGCAUCUCGGCAAAAAUGGCUACGAACUGACGCUGUACGCCGCCAAUCAGUCGGGCCGGCAGAAGUGGCUUGAGAAGAUCGACUCUGCCCAGCAGCGCCUCCGGGCACGGGCCGACUUCCUCAACACGACCAUCAUCUCGUCGGGCUUCUUCACCGGCACCAACAAGGUCAACUGCGUGGCGCCGUUUGACGGCGGACGCAAGCUCAUCUACGGCACCGACAAUGGUAUCUACAUGUCGGACCGCAGGUCCAAGGACAACGCGACGCCCAAGCGGGUCAUCGACGUGCCGAGCGUGACGCAGGUCGACGUGCUCGAGGAGUACCAGCUGCUGCUCGUGCUGUCCAACCGGUCGCUCCUGUCGUACCAGCUGAGCGCUCUGGACCCCAACGAGCCCAUCUCGUCCAAGCGGGCCAAGAAGAUCCAGAGCCACUGCAACUUCUUCAAGACGGGCAUCUGCCUGGGCCGCCACCUGGUGUGCUGCGUCAAGAGCUCGGCGCUGUCGACGACCAUCAAGGUGUACGAACCGACGGACGCCAUGGCGCGCAUCAAGAAGCAGAAGGGCAUCAGCAAGAUGUUCAACGCGGGCCAGGACGAGCUCAAGCCGUUCAAGGAGUUCUACAUCCCGACCGAGUCGAGCUCGGUGCACUUCCUCAAGUCGAAGCUCUGCGUCGCGUGCGCGCGCGGCUUCGAGGUCGUCUCGCUCGAGACGCUCGAGACGCAGUCGCUGCUCGACCAGGCCGACACGUCGCUCGACUUUGUCGCGCGCAAGGAAGGCGUCAAGCCCAUCCACAUCGAGCGCCUCUACGGCGAGUUCCUGCUCAACUACUCCGAGUUCUCCUUCUUCGUCAACCGCAACGGCUGGCGCGCCAAGCCCGAGUGGCGCCUCGACUGGGAGGGCACCCCCCAGGCGUUCGCCCUGUCGUACCCGUGGAUCCUCGCCUUCGAGCCGAACUUCAUCGAGCUCAGGCACAUUGAGAACCUUGCGGUGCAUAUCGUCCCGCAUCGCAACAUCCGCAUGUUGCAUAGCAGUACGCAUGAGAUCCUCUUCGCCUACGAGGACGAGCGCGGCGACGACGUCAUCGAGGCCAUCGACUUCUGGAAGAGCCAGCGCAAGUCCGAGGUGCUCCCCGCCGGCGCCAGCCCGGGCUCGCCGCCCGGCAGCAGCGCGGCGCACUGAUCCCGUCGUGAUUACGGUGGGCCGGGCCGGUGGGUUUACGCACCUCCUCCUCUCGCCUCGAGAGGACCUGGCGUGUCACGCUGGCCUGGGCUCGGGACUGGUUGGGUCGAGUCCGCAGCCGGGAUCGGGGCUGGACAACGGCGGCGCGCCCGUUGCGCGGUCUUUCAUUGCCUUGCGCAGUGACCGUGUCUCGGGUGUCUUGUUUACCUUGCUUGCCUGGCUUCGUUGGCCGGCCAACAAGGGGAGGU